UGGAGUGAAAAUAGUUUAUUGACAGUUCACAGGGGUCGCAUAAUAGUCACGUAGUCAGCUGUUUACGCACGUAAUCAUUACGACGAAUGUGAAAGGGCGUUGUUAAUUGUAUUAAUUGAAGAGUGAAUUAAAACAAAACUUUUAACAGGAUGGGGAAUUACUUUACGGUGAAUAUGGAAGAAAACUUCAAAAAGAACCAAGAGUUUAUACAAACCAUAAAUAAAAUAAAGAUGGAAAGACAAAUUCAACUUCAGUAUCAAAUGCAAGAGCGGCAAGUGGCGAUGCAGAUUGCUAAAAAUAGAGAUACGUGCUUGUGGCUUACUGCAUUUUACAUUGCCAGUGCUACUGGAUUGUUUACAGGUUUCAGGAGGACCAAACGACAAUACCUGCUUAUGCCAUUAAUACCGUUAACAUUCGUAACUCUGUACUACUGGGAUCUUGCAUAUGGAAAUAAAAUACACAGAAUUAGAAUGGAAGCUGAACACAUUAUGACACAUGAAGCUGACAGCUUGGAGUGGCCUUGUGGUUUGCCAACCCCAUCGUCUAUUGACCUCGGUCGUCUCGAAGUGGAAGAGAAGAAAAAGAUCCAUCCACCAUUGCUUUAAAGCUGGUUUACAGAAUGUUCAGGAGUGUGCCUUCACGCGUCUGCUUCGUAGAUUAGAGGGCUGGUAAAAACUGUUGUCAUAUAUUGGAAUUUACUAAUUUGUUGAUAUUUAUCUUUAAAUAACGAAGAGAAUUGCGGUUUUAUGCACUUAAAACAUGGUGGGUUAUUAUUCGUAUACUCAACUACAUAUCUUCUAUGGCAGAAAGGGAUAACUUUAGGUGUCUCUCAAAUAAGGUUUCGGUAUUGGUUUAUCUUAGUAUACAUUUCCAAUAUAUGAAGGCAGGAUUAAAAGAUAGUAAAAGCUAGAUUUGUAGAGUUGCGCACGCUUGACUUUGUGCACUCAAUUAACGUGAGUGGGUUUGAAACUUAACUUUAAAAUCGUUCAAACGUCUUAAAAUUUGAUUCAUUCCAUUUUUGAAGAAUCUCAAAAUAAUAGCAUGUAGGUCUCUCUGGUAUUGCAUUAUAUUAUACAGGUGUUUUUUAGAAAUUGUAUCUUCAUUCUGUUAGCUAUACAAUAUUUCAUAAUAAUAAAAAAUGUCGUUAAGUUGGAAUAAUAUCAUUCUGAUUUAAUACGCAAUAAAAUUUGCAAGUGUUUUCAGUACAAGUUAAAAAUAUUUCCAAUUCAAAUAUUUCAGUUGGAACUAUCAAUUUCUAACAAAUACUCUGCUGAAUUUGAAUGUGCUAUUAUGAUAGGUAAGUACAUACAAUUACUAUUUAAAAGUGCUUUUACCCGUUCCAAUAGUACGUACAUAUUUAAAAUUUUGUCAAGUGAUUGUGAUAUUUUAAAAACCCAUUUAGUGCUAAGGACGCAUUGAUAAAUAUUUUUUUAUUGCCAUUGUUAUUAUAUUUUUAUUAUUAUUUUGUAAGAGAAUUAUGCGUGGUCACAACGGAGGAUUCAAAAAAAAGCAAACUUUAUUUAAUAAAUUUAAUUAUAAAAGAAUUACAAUACAAUAGACGUGAUAAUUGUCCGAUAUUAGGUACAAGAAUGUCAGAACACGAGGAAUGAAAUUCGAUGUGGCGAUUGCUGUCGUCAUGUGGCACGUUGACGUGACACGUUCCCGCGCGUCAGCAGUUUACUUGUGCAUGUUGAAAUUGAGGACGAUGCUUAUACAGCGAUGUGCAUACGUUAAGGGUGCGUAACACCUCCCCCCGUAGAACAGCGAGUAUUGAAGACUUUCGUCGUAAAUUGAGCUGGGGGAUGAUCCGAGCCAACCCUUGGGAUGGCGUAAAUUGGUUGCGGCUGCAGUUCGAUUUCUUCAAAGUUUUCUUGCUUGCUUUUGUCUUGUUUCAGAUGGUACUUGCGAUAUGCUAAGCAGCUAAUGAGUGCGCAUGCACUUAUUAUCACAACGUACAUUGGUAAAGUAGUGUGAUAAAGGCUGUAACCGUUGUCCCUGUAGGGUUUCACAAGUGGUUGCUGAGUUAUUUUGGAGUUGACUUUAUGUAAUUGGUCCAGGUUGAUUGAUUUUAACUUGAAUGAUGGGGUUUGUUGCGUCCCCGUGGUUUCUUUAGGCAAGUCCAUAAUUUGCAUUGCUUGACCUUUCAGACGAUCCUUGGUAUUUGAAAUCACAAAUUCUGUUGUCUCGACGUAACAUCGAUGAGGGAUGAUGACUUGUCCGCAGGAUAGGUGCACAUUUGUUGAGGUAGGGAAGUUGGCAGUAUAAUGUUUGUCGUCAAGUUUCUCGAAUGCUGAAUUUUCUAGUGAGACUGUGGUCGGUAUGCAUGUUACAGUUAUUUGCUGGGUAGUGAUGAGUUGGUGAAUACAGUCCUGAGGUGUGCGGCGUCGCAGUUUCUUAUCCUCUUCACACAGGUAUCCCUUGCUUGUCCUCGGGCAUUCCGCUUGUAGGUACUUGAAAUCUUUCAGGUAUAUUGCAAGGAAUGGAGAGCGGGGUAUAAGGAUUUCAUGGUCUAUAUUGGGUACGAUAGAUAAUUUAUAAAGGUUAUAUACUUGAGAUAGAAUAAUCGGGAAUUUAUAUAUUAUAACAAUCUCAUCCUUUGAGUAAUAAGAGCCUAAUUUCAUAAUAUCGUAAUACUCUCUGAUAUCUAGAUCGAUUAUACUUUGUUUGCCGUAUAAGUUAUGCAGCUUGUUAAUCAUAGACUUUAUUUCUUUUAUACCUAUAACGGAAUGGUGAGUGGUUGAAGUUUUAAUAAAAGCUAAUAUGUUUUGUAA